UCUCAAACACUAACCCUGACAAAAAUGUUGUUUACAUUAGUUCUGAUGUCACACACAGCCUGGAUCUGACGGAUGAAGAUAAAGUUUACCGGCUUUGUUUGUUUGUUUGCUUGUUUUCGCAAGGAUUUUUUUUCCAGCAUGGCUGUGAUUUGCUUAUCACUUAUUGAAUUAUUUGCUGCUCGUAGAUGCCACUUCUGAUCUGCAAAGGAGCGAAACUGAAAAUUUGCCAAACAAAACUGCGACAAUAGAUGCCAGCAGACACACCUUGACGUGAGUCAGAAGGCUGCAGAGACUUCCCGAGUGAGAACAAGAUGCCUGUGGUUAAGGCGGAGGACGAGGCUCCGGUUCAGACGGCCGUGGAGACGACGGACUCUCAGAACACCGAUCCUCCCAAAGGCCGCCGCAGGAAAAGGCCUUUGCAGAGGGGAAAACCUCCCUACAGCUACAUCGCUCUCAUCUCCAUGGCCAUCGCCAGCUCCCCUGAUCGCAAACUCACUCUCGGGGGCAUCUACAAGUUUAUCACUGACCGCUUCCCUUUUUAUCGGGACAAUUCCAAAAAAUGGCAGAACUCCAUCAGACACAACCUGACUCUCAAUGACUGCUUCGUCAAAAUCCCCCGAGAACCAGGGCGGCCUGGGAAGGGCAACUACUGGGCGCUGGACCCAAACGCAGAGGACAUGUUCGAAAGCGGUAGCUUCCUGCGGCGCCGCAAACGCUUUAAACGCUGUGAUUUCAACACCUACUCUACCUCCUCCUCAUCGUACCACCACGAUUCUCCCAUCUUCUCUCCAGUCCAGAUCACCACCUCCGUCUAUGGAUCGGUGUACCCAACAUACACGCCACAGAUCUCUCCACCGUACUAUCCGCCAUCCACGACCGGAUUUGGUUCCAGCCAGUCUCGUGUCUUCAGCAUCAACACCAUAAUUGGAUCUGGUGGUUUGGCACACAGCCCUCCGGAGACGCCACCAGUGCAGCCAUCAUGCCGUAACUUCAACCAAGACGGAGGAGGAUCAUGCUCGCUAAACUCCAACCACCUCGCCUUCUCGUACCCCAAUGCGGGGAAUCAUGGGUACGGCCAGGCUGCUCAGGGCAUGUUUACGCACAACAGCACGCAAAACUACAUGCCCUCUGGGCGACUUGGGGUUACGGGGUCAUCCCCCAUCACCGGAGAUGUAGCAAACGAUCCAUACAUCCAUAACAGUGGUGGAACAGGCGGCUACAUGAGACCUGUCACGUAUCCGUCCUGCAUGGACAGGUUUGUUUCUGCCAUUUAAAAAAAACUAUGAAGGUGCUAAAAAUAUAUAGACACAUUAAUAAUAUUAAUACUACUACUAAUAAUAAUAAAUAAAUAAAAUACACGGCUGCCUGUGACCAGUCUGUGCUCUGUCUCCAAACUACUUUAAGACUUUUUAAAAUGAACUCUUCCUGAACUCGUGGAAUUAAAUUUUAUUUGCUGCACAUGUGGGGAAAAAGUGGCAGUAUCUCAGGUCACAUGCUUUUUUUCUUUCUUUUUCCUUUUUCUCACUCUCUGUUGCAUGUGAAGUGGAACAGCGAUUGAACAGACUCGAUGUUAUCAGCUCAUAGCACAGAAAUCACCUCAGUGACUCUGAAAAGAUCGAACAUUGUUAGCAUAUUUACUGAAACAAAGAAAAACAACACGUGCACGUUAAUUAGGUUAACAAGCUCUUUACGGUUCCCUUUUCUUUUGUUGUUGUGUGUGAAAUGUGUUCUGGUGUGUUUCGGUAAAAAAAAUGACAUUUUGUUUAUUUAGGCUUUAUGUUAAAGAAUAAAAUUUCACCAGUGGUGUAUUAUUUGUGCUUUAUUGCAUUUCUUUUUGUGCGGAUAUUAAAAAUAAAACACUCGCAAUGUUGAUAAAACAGAAAAGUGUAAUUUAAGGGGAAAUCGUCUAUGAUGUGUUUUUUUUUUUCCUAUUUUAUUUG